AUGAAAUUUACAGGAUCUCCAAUCAAAUUAAAGGUGUCCCAGGGUCAACCCGUCAAACUAAAUUGCAGCCUCGAGGGAAUGGAAGAUCCCGAGAUGUUGUGGAUCAAGGACGGAGCAGUGGUGCAAAGCGUAGACCAGGUGUACAUUCCACUAGAUGAAGAACACUGGAUCGGCUUCCUCAGCUUGAAAUCCGUCGAGCGGACAGAUUCUGGGAAGUACUGGUGCCAGGUUGAGAACGGGGGGAAGAAGGAAGAAUCACAGCAAGUGUGGCUCAUAGUGGAAGGUGUGCCUUACUUUACUGUGGAACCUGAGGAUGUGUCCGUGUCCCCUAAUGCCCCAUUUCAUAUGGCCUGUGCUGCUGUUGGUCCCCCUGAACCAGUGACAAUUGUCUGGUGGAUGGGAGACUCUAGAGUGGGGCUUCCAGACAUCUCCCCCUCCAUCUUAAAUGUGUCAGGUAUUAAUCAAAGCACAGUUUUCUCCUGCGAAGCUCACAACGUAAAGGGAUUGUCUUCAUCUCGGACAGCCACUGUUCAAAUUAAAGCCAUGCCUCUCCCGCCUCUCAAUGUAACUGUAAACCAAGUCACCAGCAGCAAUGCCAGCGUGGUCUGGGUGCCAGGAUUUGAUGGCCGUGCACCCCUCCAUUCUUGCACUCUUCAGGUAGCUGAGUCACCAGAUGGCCAGGAGGUCUCCACUGAAGUCACCCCAGUGCCGCCCUUUGCCUACGGUGUGCAAGGCCUGAAGCAUUCCACCAACUACAGUGUUCGUGUGCAGUGCAGCAAUGAGAUGGGUAGCUCCCCUUUCACCGACAGGGUUUAUUUCCAGACCCUGGAGCUUGCUCCAAGCAGCACCCCACAAAAUAUCCAUGUUAUCCAAAGAGAUCCAGGUCUGAUUUUGGAGUGGGAAGGUGUGGCUCCAGAUGUGCUGAAAGAAAAUGUCCUGGGAUACAGGCUGGAGUGGAUUCAGGAUAAUGUAACUCAGGGGGAGAUGAUCGUACAGGAUACAAAAGCUAAUCUCACAACAUGGAAUCCUCUCAAAGACCUGAUCAUCAGGGUCUGUGUGCUGAACUCUGCAGGAUGCGGGCCCUGGAGUGACCUCUUCCUGCUUGAAGCCCAAGAAGUCAUGGGUGGCCAGAGACAACCUCCUUAUGGGACGUCCUGGGUUCCUGUGGCAUUGGGCAUUCUUACAGCUCUGGUCACAGCUGUUGCCCUGGCUCUCAUUCUCCUUCGAAAAAGAAGAAAGGAAACUCGGUUUGGCCAUGCCUUUGGCAGUGUGGUUGGCAGAGGGGAUCCAGCGGUCCAUUUCAGAGCUGCCAGGUCUUUCAACAGGGAGGGCCCAGAGCUCAUUGAAGCAACAUUGGAGAGUGUAGGGAUCAGUGAUGAGCUGAAGACAAAACUCAAAGAUGUCCUAAUCCAGGAACAGCAGUUCACCUUGGGAAGAAUGUUGGGCAAGGGGGAGUUUGGGUCAGUUCGAGAGGCACUACUGAAGCUAGAUGAUGGCUCUUUCCAGAAAGUGGCAGUGAAGAUGCUGAAAGCUGACAUCUUCACCUCGACUGACAUUGAGGAGUUCCUGCGAGAGGCUGCAUGUAUGAAGGAGUUUGACCACCCGCAUGUCACUAAACUGAUUGGAGUCAGUCUACGGAGCCGUCCCAAGGGUCGCCUCCCAAUUCCCAUGGUGAUCCUGCCCUUCAUGAAGCAUGGAGACCUUCAUGCUUUUCUGCUGAUGUCACGGAUUGGGGAAAACCCUUUUAACUUGCCUGUUCAGACACUCCUCAAGUUCAUGAUUGACAUUGCCAGUGGGAUGGAGUACUUGAGCUCAAAAAAUUUCAUACACAGGGACCUUGCAGCUCGGAACUGCAUGUUGGAUGAGAACAUGAACGUGAGUGUUGCAGACUUCGGGCUUUCUAAGAAAAUCUACAGUGGAGACUACUACCGUCAGGGCUGUGCUUCCAAGCUGCCAGUGAAGUGGCUUGCUCUGGAAAGUCUGGCAGAUAAUCUGUACACAACACACAGUGAUGUGUGGGCGUUUGGGGUGACCAUGUGGGAGAUUGUGACCCGAGGGCAAACCCCUUAUGCUGGCAUUGAGAAUGCAGAAAUCUACAACUACCUCAUCAGCGGGAACAGGCUGAAGCAGCCACCGGAGUGCCUGGAAGAUGUGUGAGUACUUCUUUGCCCUGCUGACAUGUGA